UUUAGCCUACCUGGUGGUGAGUCGGUAUACUGUAGGCAGCAAUGGCGAUCAUCAAGUGAUUUUUAAUGUAUAGGUGCUCGGGCUACUGAGUCGCUGCCAAAUUAGAGUUUAAGCUGACAUAAUGCCUUCAACAUCAGCCGACAGUAAUGGUGAAGAUGCCCCAGCGGUCGACGAUCCAACUGGCGAGCUACAUUCAGAGUUGGUAACGUUAGAGGGGGUUUCGGGCCUGAAAUCAGACGAUAAGUCGUGCGUCACCGAGGACGGGGAAAGAGUUGAAGCUGAUGGCGGGCAGGAAAAACAUGAGGAUGACAAGAAACCUUCACCUGAGCAUGCCGUCGUUAAUGACGAACAGAUAACGGUGGACUGCAAAAGUGAAAUGAUAGCUGCUAUCAAUGAAAACGAAAACAAUGUUUCGACGACGCUCGAAAAUGACAGUAGUGGUCCUGAACGCGAAGAUGCGACACUGAAGGCAGUGAAACAACAGGUAUCAGAUGAAAAUGACUCUCCUGCAAAUAAACAGUGCACUGGAUGUAAACCAAACGAUGAUAGUAAUGUUACAGACAAAACUGUGAACGAGGGCAGCGAAGAUGACAACAAGAGACGAGUUAGCAUAGAAAUGUCGUCUUCUGAUGGAGAGCCACUCAGUCGCAUGGACUCCGAAGACAGCAUCAGCAGCACGCUGAUGGACAUGGAGAGCACGGCGUCCAGCGGUCGCUCCACGCCGGCCAUGAUGAAUGGCCAGGGCAGCCUCACACCCACCUUGGGCAAGAGCGUGGCCUACGCCUGCUGCUGGGACCACUGCCUGGACCACCAUGGCUCCAGCCCCGACCUGGCGGAACACAUCCGCACUGUACACGUGGACGACCAGCAGGGAGGGGAGUUCAGGUGUCUGUGGAAGGGCUGUAAGGUGUACAACACACCAUCCACCAGUCAGAGCUGGCUGCAAAGACACAUGCUGACCCACAGCGGAGACAAGCCCUUCAAAUGUGUGGUAGGAGGCUGCACUGCGAGCUUCGCCUCUCAGGGUGGGCUGGCGAGACAUGUGCCCACCCACUUCAGCCAGCUGAGCUCAUCCAAGGUGUCCAGUCAGGGCAAGCUGAAGGAAGAGUCCCCGUCCAAGGCUGGCAUCAACAAGAGACGCAAGCUGAAGAUCAAGCGGAGGAGAUCUCUGCCCCGGCCGCACGACUUCUUCGACGCGCAGACCAUGGACACCAUCCGGCACCGAGCCAUCUGCUUUAAUCUGGCGACCCACAUGGAGAGCCUGGGUAGUGGGCAUAGUGUGGUCUUCCACAGCACGGUAACAGCCAGACGGAAAGAGGAUUCCGGCAAGGUGAAAGUUCUGUUGCACUGGACGCCAGAGGACAUCCUGCCAGAUGUGUGGGUGAACGAGACUGAGCGAGGCCAGCUGAAGACCAAAGCGGUGCACUUAUCCCAGCUGCCCCGGGACACAGCCGUGUUGCUGGACCCCAACAUCUACCGAACUCUUCCCCAGAAGCGACUGAAGCAGAGGAUGCUUCUCUAGCCAGAGGAAGAUGCUGCAUCAGCUCACCGCAGCCCUUAAGUAUACCGGGUGUGGAAGAGCUUCUUCUCUCCGCGUCUCCAUCGCCGUAUCUAUCUUCUCAAACACACAUUAUUUUGGUUAAACACAUUGUUCAAGAUGUCCAGAAUAUGAAAAGUCAGAAUUUUUAUAACAAUUAUAAUAUUUUUUGUCUUCUUUGGUACUUCAGUACUUUCUUCAAUAUGUGUGUGAUCCAGUGGUUGUGUUUUAUGAAAGCAUGUAUGAAUGUGUUGCUCAUGAACAUUUAAAAAAUUUAUUGUUUAAUUUAUUUUUCUAACUUGGACUUUGUCAUUUCUAAAUGAUGUUAACUUUCAUUUUGAUCCGAGAGCUGCUCAAGAUAGAUCAUAAGGGCUUGUUAGAAGCCAUACCACAACUCCGGGGCUCUCAGAGGAACCUUGAUGGUUCUCCUCCACAUGGUUGUGGUGGUGGUGGCAGUAGGGGUGAUGACAAUAGUGACAUACAGAUUCUUACAGUCAGUGACAUGGUCGUAAAAGAUUGCAGGUUAAUGUACCUGUGUUUAAAACAAGGCUGACGGCAUCUGUCUUGAAACACUGUCUUGUCUGAUGUGCCCAACAGGGAGUUUGAGAAGAUCUGAGGAGGGGUAAUGGCAUCAUGUAGCUGUGCUUGAAAGUAUGCCAGUCGGCUUUCACUGAAAGUUUAAAUAUGUGUGAUAUACUUUGUACAGAAGAAAGACAGAAUGUUUAAUCUAAAUGUUAAUGCCUACAGACAGCAAAGCUGCCUUAAUGUAUGUCGCAGCAGUUGGUGUGAAAUCUCUCAUCUCACCACACUGAUCUGUUAUCAAGCAAAGGUGAAAAACAACAUAGAUGAACCUAUAUGCUAUGAAUAUUUACAUCUUAUAUUUAUGAUGAAAAUUGCAAUAACAAUGCUACAUAAAUAAUGAUGAAGAAAAUGUUUUGCUAACAAAUUCUCUCUUUAUACAUACUAUUAACGGCUGAACUGGAAUGGAUGUAAACGCCCAUUUUGAAUUUGUUUUGGUCAAGGAGAAGUACCCACUUUCAGUAUUCCAGAUAUCUUGACAACAUUAACAUUCUUAUACACAGAGAGGGGGUGUCUUACUACUGAUGUAAAAUAUGAGAUUAGAGGUUUUUCACCGGCAACGAUAUGUUGGUUUCCCAAAACCGAAUAUCUGUGACCUUUUAAGAAAGUUUGUUCCUCUUUUCAGUCAAAAGGCAUAUGGCUUCACUGUGCAUUAAAUGCACCAAAGGGAACCAUGUUUAAGAUCUGUAAGAAGAUUAGUACCCACUGUGGUUCCAAUGAGUUGGAAUAAAAAUGGAUGAGUCAAGUA